AUGACGAGCGAGCGCCAAUCCAACUCGCAAAAUGAAGCGCCUGCCUCGACACAGACAACGGCUCAAGGAACCUUACAAUUCGCAAAAGGGGGAUCGUCCUGGUCAAGUUACGGGGGCUCGAUAUAUAAUGCAGUUCGGGCUAGCUCUACGAACGAUGCUCAUGCCUCUGGCUCCAUUAAUGAACCGAACGACAUACUGGACAGCAUGCUAGCAGCUAACAUGGCCAUGCUCAUACCUCUGACGCCUGAGGGAUCGACCCAUCACAAUCCGAUGCAUAAGCUUGACUGCUGUACGGGGCAGGGAACAAAACAUUGUGGAUGCCAUGCACACAUAGUGUCUGACAACUGUAGCUCACAUCGCGGGUUGUCCAAAUCAACAUCAGGCGAUCAUUCGCCGCAUCGUCAAGCAGCCAGUUUAAAUGAUGCCAGUGACAAAUCAAUGGGUCCCAAGUGGGCUGGUGGUGGCCUGCUAUCCCCAGCGAGGCCAAUUUUACCACGAUAUCCACCGCCGGAGAGGUCGCCCACGCCUCCUGGGCUCCCAUCGUUUGGCAGCCCGGAAGCGAUCGGUUACUCUUCCCAAUUCCCCGUACGAUCUGCGAUCAAUGGACAGCCUCAACUACAUGAUCGGCGCACCUUGAACUCUCACCAUGCUGCUGAUGCUUCUGGAGCCAGGUCCUCCGGAGGACGAUGGAGAAGGAUCCUUAGUUUUGCAUCACCUCGCUCCACACCCCCACCUAACCAGUCGCUAUGUCCCGUUGCAAGGGCCGCAGAUGGCACUGCUGUCCUCGGAAGGUUUCCAUAUCGUCAAGGUGGCCAUAGUAUGAACGUAGCAAGGCAGUUGGAAGAACACCCCUUCCACCGAAGGACUCUGUCAAUGGCUCAGUGUGAUGGCGGUACGGUGGAUGAAAGGGCAAAUUCUCAGGAAGAGUGGUCGAUAAGGGGGCUUGACAACAUGAAUGGGAGGGAUUCCACCUCCCACGCAGACCGGAACCCUAGAGAUCGUGAUCGAGCGACACAAGACGUACUCCCGCCUCUGCCAAAUCCCAGCAUAUCCACUCGACCGCGUAGGCCGAUGUCGACGUAUGCCUUCGAUAAUUCUUCUAGGUGCACAUCCUAUCAUACGUGUGGUGACCAACCUCAAGGAGCUGAAGCGCCCGAAAGAACAAGCGGAUCAAGCCUACCGUUGUCCAGCAGAACCAGCAAUUCUGCUGGAUGCCUUCUCGCCACAACACAAUCGACCAUGUCCAGUAACGUGCAUCGGAUAGAUGUAGAAGGCGAGGACAAAGCAGUGUCUUUCUUGCAAAAUCUGGGAAUCACCACCUUGUGCUUCCCCUGUUGCUUGGGGGCUACAGCUGGAACGGACUCGAAUACUGGCUCUCAUGAUACUUACAUUACUGCGAGGAGCCAAAAUUCAAAUGAGAGCGCGACAGACCAAGCUCAUGCUCACGUUGAUCCGAGCAAUCAUACUCGAUAUUAUACAGAAUGGUGCUCGAGGGCAUGGACAUCGCUCCGUGGGUUUGCCUCUCGCAAUUUUUUCAUCACGGAACCCAUGCUUGGUUAA